UCUGAAAAUGGAUUCUUUAAAGAAGCUCAAUUAUCAUUCCGGGACCUGCUUCGUCAUUGGUAUUCAGGUUUCAGUUUGUCAACACUAUUGGCUAUUAUUCCUUCCUGUUCUUUCCCAGGAGGAAUCCAGUUUGGUAAAUCAAUUCACUGUUGCCACUUGAAAACAGGGUUCUCAAACAACACUAUUGCCGUGAAUUCUUUGAUGCACAUGUAUAUCUCCUGUGGAGACUUCAGUGCUGCUUUAUCAUUUCUGCAGAGUAUCUAUUUGAUUGCAGAUGUUGAUAGUUGGAAUACAAUAAUCGUAGGGUGCACCCAGAACUGUCGAUUCCGUGAGGCCCUUAAAACUUUCAACUUAAUGAGGCAGGAAACCUCCAUCAACCCUGAUGCCAGUAUUUAUGUCAAUGUCAUUUCAGCUUGUGGUAAUCUUGAGUUGGCAUUGGAGGGGAAAUCUAUUCAUGCACUUUCUAUCAAAACUCCAGAAGGGUCAGAUCAACGUGUGCAGAAUUCCUUCAUUACCAUGUAUGGAAGAUGUGGGGAUAUUGAGGGUGCCAGAACUGCAUUUGUUUCAAGCUCAGAUCACAACUUGUGUUCAUGGAACUGCAUGAUCUCCGCUUUCUCUCAGAAUAAAGAUGGUAGAGGAGCAAUCGAGUUAUUCCGCUCUAUUAAUCUAGAACCUAAUGAAAUCACCAUCGUCGGUAUUCUCUCUGCCUGCACACAGAUUGGGGUACUGAGACAUGGGAAGCAAAUUCAUGCUUACACAAUAAGGAGGGGAUUCCAUAGCAACUCCUAUUUAUCUGCAGCUCUAGUGGACAUGUAUAGCAAUUGUGGAAGACUAGAUACCGGGGUCCAGGUGUUCUCAAACUCGAGGGAAAGGAAUGUCACUGCUUGGAACUCCAUGAUAUCUGCUCAUGGGAACAAUGGUGAAGGAAGAAAAGCCAUAGCUCUUUUCAACGAAAUGUUGCGUUCUGGAGUCGUAGCAAACAAAAGCACUUUUGUGAGCCUUCUUUCUGCGUGCGGCCAUUCGGGACUUGUAGAUGAAGGAAUGUACUAUUAUGGGUGCAUGUUGGAGAAAUAUGGGGUGCAGCCUACAGUAGAUCAUCAGGUCUAUAUGGUUGACAUGUUGGGUCGAUCAGGAAGGCUUGAAAAGGCUCUAGACUUUGUCAUGCAGACAGAAGCCUUAGCGGAGCCUGGGAUAUGGGGAGCUCUGCUCAGUGCCUGUAACUAUCACGGUGAUGUCGGAAUGGGAAGAGAAGUUGCAAAUGUUCUCUUCAAGUUGGAACCUCAAAAUGCCGGAUACUAUGUUUCUUUGUCGAAUAUGUAUGUUGCAGCAGGGAGAUGGAAAGAAGCGGUUGAGUUGAGAAAUAUUGUUGAAGAGAAGAAGUUAAAGAAACCAGUUGGUUAUAGUUCGAUCGAUGUCUGUUCUAUGUGAGAAUAAGCUCUGUUGCAGUGGGACUAGCCAAGUUGAUUUUUCUGUUAUUCCAUGUGCCUACCAAGGCAUGCCUCUACUAUUGCAUGUAAGUUGUACGCUGGUCCAUUCAGUCUAUCACUCUAAUACUCUAUCUAGAUAAAAAUAGAAAGGAAAAGUGAUGAACAAAAGUGGACAAAAGUA